UCCUGAAGGCAAAAUGCAAGCACGAAACCUCCCUCUUGUGCUCCUGCUGGUGUGUUGGGCCGUUGCGUCCAGCGAAGCCUCUCUGUCCAUCGGUGGCUUAGUGGGUGGCUUGGCGAUUCUGAAGGGCGCGGCGCUUGUCAGUUACGCAGUGGGGCGUCACCAGCGAUACAACAGGGGACACUACCACGGCCGUUCUCUCUAUCACGGAGGCUAUAAUGGGAGAAGACACUAUCGCUACGGCCGCUCCGUCGAUCCCGACACCGAAGAAAACGCUGAUGAAGGCAAGAACUUGCUCCUGUCCACCGUGGGGCAGCUCGACCCCGACGGAUGCAUCCUCAAGAUGCUGUGCCACCUCCAGACGAGGAGUCACUCCAGCCUCAUGCCAGAGGAGAACGUCCUCGUCGACAUGUUCUCCAACAACACCGAGACCAUGUCCUCCUACAACGCCGCCUUCGUUUACGCCACGGAUGUCGGCACCAAGACUCGCGACCCGUCCGUCUGCAACGGACUCUUCCCCAAAUGUUCCCUCAAGGAAGAGCAGCUGAGCGGCCUCCUUCGGAGAGUCUGGGGCUGCGCCUCAGACCUCUUCCGAGAAGACGUUGAGCGCGAGGAGGAACAACCUGUGGUCGAGGAACGGCCUGUCGAUGAGGAGCCCCGAGAGGAACAACAAACCUUGGAUGAGGAUGAGCUGCCCCAAAAUGACAAAAUGUCCAUGGAAGAACUGGUGGCUCUGAUUAUGGAAUAAACAAUAUAACUGAUUACAAAA